AUGUCUCAGGAAGAGGUUGCUGCUAAUGGCGCUGCGGCGGAGAAGACUGUUGUCUUCACGGCGUACAAGCCCCAGCUGAUCGUGGAGGCUCAGAAGGUCGGCGAUGCUGUUGCAUUCUACAAAUCCGUGUUUGGUGCUACCGAGACCGGACAUUCUCUCUACCCUAAGCGCAAGGCUGACCAAGAGCUCCCUCACCUCCUCUCCGCUGAGCUCGAGCUCGCUGGCACUACCGUCCUUGUUUCCGACGUCUCCGUUAACUCCGGUUCUGAGUAA